AUGACAGAGCCCUCGAAGAGUGCCAUCACCGUCACAGGUGAUGAAUUAGAGAGGAAAACCGUGUGGCAUAGGGUACGGCACUUCCCACUGUGCCGGGGAAUCAUUGCUGACGUGAGGGACCGGUUGCCCUACUACCGGUCGGACUGGACUGACGCCUGGAACUACAGAGUGAUACCUGCCACUAUACUGACUUACUUCACGAAUAUCUUCCCUGCCAUUGCAUUUGCACAGGACAUGUUUGACCGCACGGACAACAGCUAUGGCGUCAACGAGGUGCUGCUGGCAAGUGCGCUUGCUGGCGUGGUGUUUGGUGUCUUUUCUGGCCAGCCAUUGACCAUUGUUGGUGUAACAGGGCCAAUAUCGAUCUUCAACUAUACGGUGUACGAGAUCAUCAAGCCACUGGAUAUCCCGUUCUUCCCCUUCAUGUUCUGGAUCUCGAUCUGGGGUAUGAUCUGCCACUUCAUCAUCUCAAUGACAAACAGUGUCUCUGCCCUGAAAUACGUCACCAAGUUCCCAUGCGAUAUCUUUGGAAUGUUCAUCAACAUUGUCUACCUCAUAAAGGGAGUGGAGAUCUUAUCACGGCAGUUCACUCCUCAGGAUAGCGGUGCUAGUGGCUUUGCCAGCGUGGUGGUUGCCAUAUCGAUGGGAAUUGUGGGAUUUGCAGGGAACUCCUUCAACGAGACAAACUACUUCAACAGGCACGUCAGACAGUUCAUCGUUGAUUAUACCACGCCAGGCUGUGUUGUGUUCUUCUCUGGGUUCAUCCAUUUUGGUGGGUACUUGAACAACGUUGAGCUUGCCAAGUUGCCAAUCACCAAGGCCUUCAGACCAACUGGCAGAGAGCACUGGAUCGACGUCAGUGGCUUGAAAGUGAACGAUGUGUUCCUGGCCUUGCCCUUUGGCAUCAUAUUGGCCAUACUGUUCUACUUCGACCACUCAAUCUCUGCCCUGAUGGCACAGGAUGAGAAGUACAAGCUGAAGAAACCAAGUGCUUUCCACUAUGACCUGUUCCUGUUGGGUAUCGUUACCGGCAUCGCAGGGCUAUUGGGCAUACCAUGUCCCAAUGGCCUGAUUCCUCAGGCUCCUCUUCAUACAGAGUCUUGUCUUGUUAGAGACAAGAAGGGACGAGUCACUGGCUGCGUGGAGCAGAGAUUCACCAACACCGUCCAAGGCCUGAUGCUCUUUGGCACGAUGACGAGGCCUCUACUGGUCUGUCUGGGCAAUAUCCCACAGUGUGUGCUGGCAGGGAUGUUCUUCAUCAUGGGCUCAACUGGCUUGAACGGGAAUGAGAUCUUCAACAGGAUCAGAUUCAUCUGUCGACACGACAAGGCUGAUCCGAGCCCGUUGAGCCUUGUUCCUCAGAAGAAGUUAUACCUCUUUGUGAUGUUCUCCCUCCUGGGGACAGCUGCUGAGGUUGGAAUCGUUCAAACAAAGGGAUCCAUUGGGUUUCCUCUGGUGUUGUUACUGAGUGUCAUACUGACGAUGUGGUUUCCAAAGCUUUUUACCCGUGAAGAGCUAGAUAUAAUGGACGGGCCAGUGGCACACGAGAACACUCUAAAGAACCUCUGA